AGCGGCCCAACAAUCUUAAAAACGUACGGAUCGCUCUCUCCGUGUCAUGUUUGCGGCCUGCUGGAGAAGUAGUAUGUCGAGUUUGAGGCCGCCGGCCCAAUUCCUCCUCAGAUCCACGAUCCCAUCUCCCUCCUCCGUUCGCACCACGACGACGACGGCGAGAGCAAUCUCAUCUUCAGCUGGUGUUGCGCCGCGGCGGCGGAGGGCCUACGACGGGCUGCUUCUGGACGCCGGAGGCACUCUCCUCCAGCUCGCCAACCCGGUCGAGGAAACCUAUGCCACAAUUGGCAAGAAAUUUGGAUUAAGCGCGAGUGAGAGCGAAAUUAAGCAAGGCUUCAGGAGGGCAUUUGCGGCUCCCGCCACGGGUUGUUCUCGGGAUGAUUAUUUCGAAGAAGUGUAUGAGCACUAUGCCCACGGUGAUGCAUGGCGCCUACCAGUAGAAGCACAUGAAACAAUGUCUCUUCUGAAAGAUGCUGGAGUUAAGAUGGCCGUUGUUUCUAACUUUGACAAUCGUCUACGUAAGCUGCUGAAAGACCUUAAUGUUGCUCAUCUGUUUGAUGCCAUUGUCAUAUCCUCAGAGGUAGGAUAUGAAAAGCCUCGGCGAGAUAUCUUCAAAUCUGCAUUAGAUCAAAUAGGCGUGGAGGCUGGCAAAGCAGUACAUAUCGGAGACGAUGAGAAGGCAGAUAGGGAUGGUGCUAAUGCAUUCGGCAUAGACUGCUGGUUGUGGGGAUCUGAUGUGAAGACAUUUGCUGAAAUCUACAACCGGAUCCUCGUUGCAGAUUAGAAGCUAGGAGAAAGUGAGACGCUGAUAACGGAGAAUGGAGACAAAAGUUGCAGGGUUACACAUGGAGAACACAUUUAGAUUUUUAUUAUUUGAGAAAAACAAAAUACAUGCAUGUUUUUUUUUUUUAAUUCUCACCUUUUACGGCAAGAGAGAUGCAUUUAAACGAUAUUAAAUCAAUAAUAAUGUGUUAUUUUACUUUCC